AUGGCCUUUGGAGACCUCCUGGAGAAGGUGGGCAGUGCAGGUCCCUUCCAGCUCCUCUGUGUUCUGCUGCUCACCGCGCCUGCCCUUCUCAUUGCCAGCCACAACCUGGUGCAGAACUUCAGUGCCGCCUCCCCUGAGCACCAGUGCCGCCCUCCGCCACCAGGCACCAAUGCCAGCUGGGUGGGCAACACCACUGCAGCUCGUGGGGGGCUCUCCCUGGUCCCGAGCCCAGAACAGUGCUGUCGCUUGGUGGACACCCAUGGGCAGCAUCCAAGAUCCAACAGUUCGCUGGGCAGGGCAGGCGAGACAGAACCCUGCCGGGACGGAUGGUACUACGACCGCAGCACCUUCUCCUCCACCAUCGUCACCGAGUGGGAUCUGGUGUGUGAUCUGGGCCCCCUCCCGGCGCUGGCGCAGACGCUGUUCAUGGCAGGGGUGCUGCUUGGAGCCCUCCUUUUUGGAGUCUUCUCGGACAGGUUUGGGCGACGGGUCAUCCUGCUGUGUUCUCUGCUGUUGAUGGCUGUCAUGGGAACUGGGGCUGCCUUGUCCUCAGACUUCCUCACCUACUGCGCCUUCCGCCUGCUGAGUGGGGUUGGUCUGUCUGGCUUCCUCCUCAACUACAUCUGCCUCAGUCUGGAAUGGGUCCCCACCAAGUCCCGUGCCCUGGUGGUGACAUGGCUGAGUUACUGCAGCACGGCAGGCCAGGUGGUGCUGGCUGGCCUGGCCUACAGCAUCCGGGACUGGCGCUGGCUGCAGCUGGCCAUUUCCACCCCCUUCUUCAUCUUCUUCCUCUGUGCCUGGUGGAUCCCAGAGUCCGCACGCUGGCUCAUCAUUAACCACAGGCAUGCGAUGGCGCUGAGCAACCUGCAACGGGUGGCCCGGAUCAACCGGAAGCAGCUGGGCGGGGACAGCAUCUCCCUGGAGGUGAGACAAUGCCCUUUGACUCCCAGGGUCACAGCAUGUCCCAGUCCUGAUAUCCAGCUGGGGCUGGCCCUGAUGUUGGAGAAGGUGGGGGGCAGCCCCACUAGGAAAAGCACCUGCUCCUGCCUGGGCCUCUUCCGCACGCCGGCCAUGAGACGCAUCUCCUGCUGCCUCAUGAGUGUCAGCUUCUCCACCAACCUGGCCUACUUUGGGCUCUCCAUGGACCUGUCAGCCUUUGGCCUGGACAUCUUCCUGGUGCAGACGUUCUUCGGGGCCAUUGACAUCCUGGCCAAGAUGGCCUGUGCCCUGGCCCUGAGCUACUUUGGACGCCGAGCCAUCCAGGCCAGUUCCCUCAUCCUGGCCGGCAUCUUUCUCCUGGGGAACAUCCCUGUGCCCAGAGAGAUGCUGAUGGUGCGACUGGCUCUGGUAGUGCUGGGAAAAGGAUGCCUGGCUGCCUCCUCUGUCUGCUCCUACCUGUAUGGGGGAGAGCUCUUCCCAACUGCUGUCAGGCAGACAGGCACUGGCUUCACCACCGUGAUGGCUCGUCUGGGCGGCAUGGUGGCCCCGGUGGUGCUGGUGGCCGGGCAGCAAUUUCCCUUCUUGCCGCUGGUGAUAUUCGGGGUGGCUCCCAUCGUGUCUGGCAUCGCCGCCUGCUUCCUGCCAGAGAUGCACAACGUCCCCCUGCUGGACACCAUAGAAGAGGUGGAGGACAGAGCCAGGAGGAAAGGCGAGGAGGCGAUCGCCGGGGAGACCAUGGCUCACAUUGUCCACUCAACCAGGAUCUGA